UCUGCCCAUGAGAACUUUCCAAAACGAUCAGUUGAAGAGGUCAUAUCAUCACUUGUCCAAGAGAUCUCGAAAUAACAACGCGACCGCAAUGUCGCACUCGACCAUGAUCCUCCCCAGGAGGACUGCGACGACCGCCGCAAUUUCUAGUUUUGCAAAGAGAAAACCUCGCACUCCGUUCCUCUGCGAACACCAAAUCUUUUCCCUAGCAGCUCGCCAAUUUACGACCAGUCAUAGAAGGGAGGCUCUCGGACAACGCAGAGAUCUGGACUAUGCCGCGAUAGUGCCCAAACAAAAAUCCCAGAAGACCAUGAUGGCCCAAAACUCGUUCGAAAAGUCCAAAGCCCUCCCUGACGAUCUGGGCAGGAUGCCCAACUGCCCCAUCCUCUCCUCUGCAUCAAACCUGCCCAGCUGGCUACCUCCCACGUUCCGACAACGGCUUCGAAUUCAGUGGUUCCAGCUUAAGCAAAAUGUGCAGGGGACCUUCACCUUGAUCUAUCUACAGUGGUGGGACGCACCCCGAGACCCUCUCACCAACAAGAAAUUGUCAAAACCUUUGGAGCUCUCCGAUAGAACCCAGGUUGCCAUGGACCUUCACAAACAGUUCAACACGGCACUCACGAACGGCGAUGUACGCACGCUCGAGAAGGUCGCUUGCAACGGCCUCCUGAACCAAGCCAAAUCACGAAUUCAACGUCGAAAGAGAACGCGCACGGAUGAGACUUGGAAGCUGCUCAGCUACAUUGGCAUCACAUACCCACGCUUCCUACAGACGUGGCCAAUUUCCGUCCUUCUCCCAAACGCCUCCGCCCGAGUCGUCUCGGACCGAUUGGCUCCCCUCCCGAUGCCGAAUUCCUCUUUCCGACAAUGUACCGUGCGCAUUCGAUCGACGCAAUAUUAUAGACUGUCGAACAUGACCGAGGGGAACAUGAAAAACCUGACGGAAUACGUCGUGAUUCAGAAACUCACACUCAACGGCAAAGAAAGUCCUUGGAAGAUGUGGGGAACGGUUGAUCCAAACACCGUCGAAGAGGUCGAGAAAAUGAUCGAGGGCGGAAAGACGCAAGACACCAUAGGCGGCAGAUUCAGAGAUCAACUGUCCGGCUUUACUGGUUUCAACGUCUAAAAAAAGGAUGCACUUCAGAUCUUUGGAGUGGCCCCGUCUCGGUGGGUUGGUACCCGGUGGACUCGAAACCGUGAUCGAAUAUCCCGCGAGGUCGUUCUUCGCUCCCACAUCUUUAUACCAUCAAAGCCCUGUCUUGGGGCGACAAAUUCGCCCGACUGUCAUGUGUGAGCAGUGAGAUUGGUUUCCGUGGCGUUUCCAAGCGAUCUUACCCAUACCGGCAUCCUCUGUACGGAUAGUUCCAAGAACAAAAAAUUCAAUCGACGGUCACUCGCAACGAAACAGAUGGUGAUCCUGCGAGAUGUAUUGAUAUCCUAAACAAGGGCUCUUACGGACACCGACUCCUUUCCCCCCUCGAAUCCAUUUGGACUGUGUCGCAGACUUAUACAUCUAACGUGUAUGUAUGGGGAGAUCCGGAGUUACUUGACAAUACAACCUUUUUCUUUGGUCGAGGCAUUGGCCAUGAUCUCAGAAAUAUGUCUACCCGACUCUAGUCCUGUCACUGCCAUCCAUACAUGCUCCCCUGGACGAGUGGUGGUGGCGUGCCUAUUUACCUCCUGUAAUUGCGAGACGACAAGAAGGAUUUUCCCGUACCGGACGAGGGGAGGAUGACGGCAUGAUACUCCGUACUCGUUCGUACUCGUUUGUGCUCGUAGGGGGGGGUUGUCUUGCAUGGUCAUGGUCACGGUCAGCAUUGCCGUUGACUACCGACUACCCAAUACGGUGGAUACUCGUAUUGGCGUGGUGGGUUAGGAAAAAUAUGGCUUGUUCCGUCCCUUGGAUCGUCGCCGACCAUUUUUUCUUCUUGUCUCGAUGCGUUCCCAUGUAGGGGGGCUCUGGGGUGAGUGUGUGUGUAUGUGUGGAAAACAAGGUGUCGUGUACCUACCUACCUACCCAGGUAUCUAGAGUUGUUGUCUUGAGGCGGGAGAAGGCCUUUCUGUUUGGAAGCGUCAAACCCGGUGACCUCUUACAGAGGGUGGCUACCCGAACCCCCUUUUUGUUGUAUAGUGUACUACAAAGUAUAGUGUUGAGAGACUACAUGUAAAUUCAAAACAUCUCAUUCGUUGCAAAGAG